AUGGAAAACUUACACAGACAAUACCAACAACAGAUAUCUGUUACUACUUACAUCAAGAAUUCGCCUGUUCCUCUUGAACAACCACAAAUACAACUUAUCCAGAACGUAGCUGACCAUUUAUUCAAUCAUAGGAAUGGCAUCGACCAGAGGCCUUUGUUAGUUUUUGUCGAUGGAAAAGCAGGUAGUGGAAAGACUGUAACGUUAAACAUCAUUCGGAAAAUAUUCGCUCAUCAGAGUAGUCUACAUUUACUCUUCAUCGGGUCCAAUUCUCAACCUGUCGCUGCGAUUAGCGGUGGACACCAUAUAGAAUAUAACAACCCUAUACCUCAUCAUAUAACAAACGAAAAGCAGUAUUUCAUCAUCGAUGAAUCACAAGCUUGUGCCACUUCUACGAUCAGCUGUUUCGGCCACGUUGUAACCCGCUUAGGAGCCGAUGAAUAUAAAUCCUGGGAGUUCCUUGCUGGAAAGAACAUUGUUGUAUUUGGCCACAAUGGGGGAUGGAAGUAUAGGGAUAUCGAUUCAUGGUGGACAUCGCCUGUAGUGAAUGCUUUCACAACCUUUUUGCAUUUCAACACAUGCAAAACUGUAGAACCCUCUCAUCACGCACACUUACUCAGAUCUGCUCGGGAACUAUUCCCCGAAGGUGUAGAUUAUUUUCACCAUCCAAAGCAGACGCCAGCAGAAAUACUGAUCACACCGUGGCCGUUCAUGCAAAAGACCUGGAACGACGAGGCAGUGAAGACAUUCGCCAGUUCGGUCAAUUGCCCAUUACAUAUAUCCCGUAGCAUCGAUGAUACAUCUUGCGAUCUCAUCCAAGUUAACUCAAAAUCUCCGUCGCAUUCCAUACUCUCGAGUCUUGGACCACCGUAUACUGAAGUAUCCAUAUGCAUGGGUAUGCCGGUCGCAAUUGUGGCUGGUAAAUGGAGUGGAUACUGGGGUCACGUAGCAGCUAUCGGCUCAGAACCAGAUAAAGAUACAAUUGAAUGGAUCCGAGUGAGACUUGGAAACGAAUUCAACGUUUUGAAUCCAACUAUCGAUCAGUUCAUAACGAUAAAAGCUAUCACACUCCAAAUCAAACAUCGUUCGCGUAUUCGGAAUCACGACAAUCCAAUCGUUGUCAACAGGUAUCAGAUACCAGUGAUGCCACGUUAUGCGUUGCUGGAAGCUGAAGCUGCAGGGCAGUUUUUCGACUGCGGCUUUGUUGAUAACUGUCGAGGACUCGAAAAUUUUCACUCACUAUCUUUCGUCCUAUCACGGUUUCGAUCUGCGGGGGGUAUUCGCAUGAUUGAGCCUUAUUCUGAUGCAGACAUUGCGAUAUUGACUGAUACAAUGACAGUUAAAGAAGAGGAUCGAUUGUCUGACAUUCUAUCGUCACGUGUAAGGAGUAUGGGCCUCGUUUAG